AUGGGAGAAUUUUCAAAGAAGAUGGCCAUGUCCCUAAAUUGGAGCGGCGAGCUUACACCGAAGGCCCAAAAGGUAAUAGACCGGAGGAGGGAUAAGUCCAAAUUCCUUCAUACAGUCACAUGGGCUCAUGAUGGUAUGUAUGAUAUCAAUGCGGAUAAGAUUUAUGUUGUUAAUCUGACGACUCAUACUUGCAGUUGUAGGGUAUGGCAGGUUAGUGGGUUGUCGUCCAGUCAUGCAAUCGCCGCUGUAGAUCAUAGGCAUGAAGAUGUUACAAAUUAUUGCGGCGUUUAUUUCACAGUUCAAAUGUAUCAUAGGGCAUAUUCCCAUCCUUUCAACCCAAUGCCUUAUGUACUAGAGUUGCCAGAGAUUACCUAUACAACUGUAACGCCGCCAGCUGCAAGGCGAACUGCAGGUCAGCCAAAGAAAUAUUGCGGCAAACAGAGUACAAAGAGAUUAGGCCUCUUAAGUGUAGUCGAUGCGGGAUUGUGGGCCAUAACCGAAAGACAUGUAAAUUGA